AUGCAGAGAGAGAAGCCCUGCAGAGCACGGCCUUCCCCGAAGUAAACCUUCUGCCAAAAGCAUGGGCUGAUGUUUGAGGUUGUUGAUCUGAGGUGGGGUAUUCGGAACACUGAGGCCACUGACCACAUGACCACAGAACUCUGCUUGGAGGAGCUCGACCGGUGUCGGAAAACAUCCAUAGGGCCCGCUUUUGUUGCCCUCUUAGGCGACCAAUACGGCCCCUGUCCAGUCCCCACACUGAUCGAAGAGAAGGAGUGGGAGGCUCUGAGAGCCCAGCUGACCUCCAGGCCACGUGACCUGGAGCUGGUGGUUCGAUGCUUCCGGAGGGACGAGAACGCUGUGCCCCCCACCUACCUGCUGCAGGCGCUAGGGACCGUGGAGGCCCACGGGCCCGAAGAGGCCACCCUGACCUCUGUGCUGCGCUCCGGAGCCCAGGAGGCCCGGAGGCUGGGCCUCAUCACCCAGGAGCAGUGGCACCGCUACUACUGGUCAGUCAUUGAAUGGGAGAUAGACCGGGGCCUGCUGAGCUUGACAGAUGGAGACCAGGGGGCGACCGUCUUCUUGAGAGAGAUCCAAGACCUCCACAAACACAUCCUGGAAGACUGCGCCCUCAAGAUGGUAGACCGGCUUGCAGAUGGCUGCCUGGACACGGAUGCCCAGAACCUUCUCAGUGGCCUCAAGGGACGCAUUGCCAACAUGCAGCCCGGAGUCCUCAAGGCCCACCACCUGCCAUGGAGCCGAGACCUGGUGAACCCCCAAAACAAGGCUCAUGCUCAGUACCUGAAGGAGCUGGGGGAGCAGUUUGUGGCCAGGGCUAACCACCAGGUCCUUGAGCACCUCCAGGAGCUGGAGGUGGGCCGGCGGGAGCUGGCAUGGCUCUACCAGGAGAUCCGCCACCACCUGGGGCUGAGUGCCGAGGCCACCCGGACCUUUUGUGGGCGCCAGGAGCUCCUGGCCCAGCUGGCGCAGAGGCUCCGGCAGAGUGACAGCCGUCCACACUCACCCAUGGUGCUUUUUGGACCCCCAGGCAUUGGAAAGACAGCUCUGAUGUGCAAGCUGGCAGAGCAAAUGCCGAGACUGCUUGGCCGCAAGACGGUGACCGUCCUGCGGCUUCUGGGGAUGUCCCAGAUGAGCUCCAAUGCCCGGGGCCUGCUCCAGAGCAUCUGCUUCCAGCUGUGCCUGGCCUACGGGCUGCCCCUGCCCCCGGCCCAGGUCCUGGAGGCCCAUGCCAGGGUGGUCCAGUUUUUCCACACCCUCCUCCACACUGUCUCCUGCCGAAACUUCGAGUCCCUGGUGAUCCUGUUGGACUCCCUGGAUGAUGUGGACUCCAUCUGCCGCACCCGGAGGGUCCCCUGGCUGCCUCCCAAAUGCCCGCCGAGGGUCCACCUCAUCCUUUCAGCCUGCUCAGGGCGGCGGGGGAUUCUAGACACCAUGCGACAGACGCUGACGGACCCAGAGGCCUACUGGGAGGUGAAACCCCUUUCCGGAAACCAAGGGCAAGAGAUGAUCCAGCUUCUGCUGGCAGCCUCGAGGAGGACGCUGAGCCCAGACCAGAGGGAAUUGCUCUGGGCCAGCCUCCCAGAGUGUGGGAACCCAGGACGGCUGAGGCUGGCCUUCGAGGAGGCCCGGAAAUGGGCCUCCUUCACCAUACCUGCCCCUCUGGCCUCCACCGCUAAGGAAGCAAUGCACCAACUGUGUGCCCGCCUGGAGCAGACACACGGGCAGCUCCUGGUGGCCCACGUGCUGGGCUACGUCGUGUCUUCCCGGCAUGGGCUCUCAGAGGCAGAGCUGAAGGACAUCCUGUCCCUGGACGACGAGGUCCUGCAGGCUGUGUACCGGGACUGGACCCCGCCCAGCAAGGAGCUGUUGCGUUUCCCACCCCUGCUGUGGGUGAGGCUCCGCCGGGAUCUGGGCCACUGCUUGGCCCGGCGGCCCGUGGACGGCUUCACGCUGCUGGCCAUCGCCCACAGGCAGCUGGCCGAGGUGGUCCAAGAGCGCUACCUGUCCGGGCCCGAGAGAGCCAAGAGGCACGGAGUCUUAGCUGACUUCUUCUCAGGGGCCUGGAGCCAGGGCACCAAGAAACUCAUCACUCUGCCGCUGGUGGGGAAGCCCCUGAACCUGGACCGCAAGGUGGCCCCUCAGCCCCUGUGGUUCUCAGACACGGUGGCAAAUCUGCGGAAGCUGAAGGAGUUGCCCCAUCACCUGGUCCACUCAGGCCGCAUCGAAGAGCUGAAACAGGAGGUUCUGGGCAGCAUGAACUGGAUUUCCUGCCGGGGCGUCUCUGGGGGCAUCGAGGGCCUGUUGGAUGACUUUGACUUGUACGGCCCUCACCUGGACUGUCCUGAGGUCAGCCUGGUCCGGGACGCCCUCCAGCUGUGCCACCCGGCUGUGGAGCUCCAAGGCAUGGAGAGGAGCAUCCUAUAUACGGAACUCCUGGCCCGACUCCAUUUCUUUGCCGCCUCACAUCCAGCCCUGGUGGGACAGCUGUGCCAACAGGCCCAGAGCUGGUUCCGGGUGUGCCCCCACCCUGUGCUCAUACCCCUCGGGGGAUUCCUCCAGCCCCCGGGGGGACCCCUCCGGGCAACCGUCACAGGCUGUCACAAGGGCAUCACUGCCAUGGCGUGGAGCCUGGAGGAGAGGCUGCUGGUUGUUGGCACCCAGGACGGCUUUGUUGCUGUGUGGGACAUGGAAGAGCAGCAGGUGAUCCACAUUCUAACUGGACACACAGGAGAGGUGAGGUAUGUGAAAGUGUUUGCCAAAGGGACGCUCGCUCUCUCUGCCUCAAAGGACCACACACUGCGCUUGUGGGAUUUACUCUCUGGGCAGGAGAAAUUCACCAUUUGGGACAGAGGCUCAAAAGAUCGCACUGAGAUCUACAGUCUUCACAUGGAUGAAGCAAAGAAAGUUGUGUAUUUAGCAUCUGGCUCAAAGAUCACACGGUUUGGAAGAUCUGUGCGGAUAUUCUUGGCCGACUCACAGGGGUUUCAUCGAUUCAUGGCCACCGACCUUGAACAUGAGGACACAGUAGAGACAGCCGGUUUUGGUCCUGAGAACAAUCUGAUUAUUACUGGGUCCCGGGACGCACUCAUUCAGGUGUGGAGUCUGUCAGAACAGGGGACCCUGCUGGACAUUCUGGAAGGCGUCGGGGCCCCCGUGAGCCUGCUGGCCUGGAGUGGGGCCUUGGUGGCUUCUGCUUCCCAGCAGUCCUCGUCUUUCAAAGUCUGGGAUCUCACCUACAUUCAGAGGCCGAGGGCCUGUACCCCAUUUCUGGACCGCACCGGCCUCACUGCAGUGUCACACAAUGGAGACUACGUUUACUUCCCCAAGAUUGGGGACAAGAACAAAGUCACCAUUUGGGAUUCGGCGGAAGGGGAAGAGCAAGAUGCCCUGGACACCUCCAGUGAGGUCAGGUGUCUGGAGGUUGCCCAGCAGGCCAAUCUCCUUUUCACCGGCCUCGUUUCGGGGGUCGUCCUGGUGUUCCCCCUGAAUUCCAGACAGGAUGUGAUGUGCAUCCCCCCUCCCGAGGCCCGGAAAGCCAUCAAAUGCAUGGCCCUAAGUAAAGGCGAGGAGCACCUGGCCAUCGCCUAUGACAGCAUCGUCCUGGUGCUGGACAUCAGCCCCGGGGAUCCCUGUCCCAUCAUCAACGGGCCGACCUACACCUUCUACACCCAGCUGCCUGAGACCAUAUCCAGCGUGGCCGUGCUGGCCGACUACCGCGUGAUCUACGGCAUGACCAACGGUGACCUCUUCCUUUACGAGUGUGCGAACUCCAAAGUGUUCCCUCUGGAGGCCCACGGGAGCCAGGUCACCUGCAUGCAGGUCAGCCACAAGGAGCAGCUCGUGGUCAGUGGGUCCGAGGAAGCCCUGCUGUGUCUCUGGGACCUGCAGGCCUGCAAGUGGAGAUUCCAGAUGAGCUACACGAAUUCUUACUGUAGAGGAGUCCAGUGUGUCUGCUUCUCCAUGGACGACAAGUAUGUGUAUGCGGGCUUGAAGGAUCGCUCCAUCAUCGUCUGGAGUGUGCUAGACGGCACCCUGCUGGCUGUCCAGUUUGUCCACGCUGUGGUGAACAGGAUCAUCCCAACUUCCAAUGGCUUCAUCGCCCCCACUAGACACGGCUAUCUCAUCCGCCAGCGUUUCCAGUGCCCUUCGUCGAGAACGUCACAGCGGGACCCUCUCAAGAACUUCAAGAAGGCAGUGUGGAAGGUCAAAUCCAGACAGAGAGAAGAGCUAGCAGCUGCUGCAGGAACACUCCAGGACUUGAGAUCAGCAAGUACCCAGGGAAAUGUGUGCAAAUCAAACAAACACUCACAAGUCUGCCUGCUAGUGUAG